AUGUCAAAACCUGUCUUGACGGGGUGUUUGGCCAAGUGGGCGUUACUUCUGAAUCAGUAUGAAAUCAUCUACACUCCAGUAAAGGCGGUUAAGGGGCAAGCUGUUGUAGAUUUCCUAGCCGAUCAUCCAAUUACAGCAGAUUGGAAAAUUUCAGAUGACCUACCAGACGAACAAGUCUUCUUCACUGACGUUUCUCCUGCUUGGAUGAUGUUUUUUGAUGGAUCGGCUCGUAAAGAUGGGGCGAGGGCUGGCGUAGUCUUUGUAUCACCUGAGAGACACGUAUUGCCCUAUUCAUUCUCCUUAAGUGAACUUUGCUCGAACAACGUUGCAGAAUACCAAGCUUUGAUCAUGGGCUUACAAAUGGCCGUGAAGAUGAAGAUAUCGAGCUUAGAAGUAUAUGGUGACUCCAUGUUAGUGAUCAACCAACUGCUGACUCACUACGAAGUUAGAAAGGAUGAUCUAAUUCCAUACCACCAAUUAGCCACACAAUUACUAGAAAGGUUUGACUUCGUGACGCUGGAGCAUGUGCCAAGAAAAGAUAACCAAAUGGCAGAUGCCUUAGCCAACCUUGCCGCUACAUUGGCAUUGACAAAAGAUGAAGCAAUAAAUCUUCCAGUUUGCCAACGUUGGGUCGUUCCAUUAACGCUUGGGACAUCGCAAGAAGGAGUCAACGUUAUCUCGGUACUGUCCAUUGACGUUGACGACUGGAGACAACCUUUAAUUGAUUAUCUUGAGCAUGGGAAACUGCCAGAUGAUUCAAGACAUCGAUCAGAGGUACGACGUCGCGCACCUCGAUUCAUUUAUUACAAAGAAAUUCUCUACCGUCGUUCAUUUGAAGGCGUAUUUCUAAGAUGCUUGGACGAAGAAGAUGAAUUCAAAGCAAUGGAGGAGGCUCACUCAGGAAUUUGUGGAGCACAUCAAUCAGGGCCGAAGCUACAUUUCCAAAUAAAAAGGAUGGGCUACUAUUGGCCGACUAUGGUCAAGGAUUGCAUGGAUUAUGUGAAGAAAUGCCAAGCAUGUCAAUUCCAUGCCAACUUUAUCCACCAACCGCCGGAACCGCUACAUCCUACAAUUACUUCUUGGCCAUUUGAUGCGUGGGGUCUUGAUGUGAUGGGACCAAUAGCACCUAAAUCUUCCGACGGUCAUUCUUACAUCUUUGCAGCCAUAGACUACUUCUCAAAAUGGGUGGAAGCUGUGCCUCUAAAGGAAGUGAAGAAAGAAAAUGUGGUGAUGUGGUGA